AUGCUUCCCACUUAUAAUCACACACUUUAUGGCACGAGUUCUUCGGCGGCGGACGUGUCGACCACUAACGCGACCACAAGUUUCCUGCGAUCGCUAUUCAAUGGCCGCCCGAAUGGCACCACUUCUUCGUCGGACAACAGAAUGACUGAAUCGCGAGACUGGAGACAAGUGGCCACUACUUCGCGGUCCACAGCAUUUGGCCAAAUGUCUGCACCGAUCGGUCAAAACAGACCACUAAUGACUCGAACGCCUCUUUACGACCCAAUGCUGACCACAACGACCACCGCUUCGGCAGAAACGGCGCAUCGGAUGACAACCUUAAUGGCUGUGACGGAAGGCAGGGGUCGCGCCAAAGACGUGGUCGGAGUGGCGGUCGUCGACCUCUACAACCCGGUCCUCAUUCUGAGUCAAUUCAACGACAACUCUAACUACGUGUGCCUCCAAACCAAAUGCCAUGUCUUCCGUCCGAUUGAGAUAAUAAUACCCAACUCUUUGAUGAGCGGAGAGAACCGUUUGCUUAAGACUUUGAGAGAGUUUUCGCGCGAAACAAAUAUCAAAUCUGUGGACAGAAAGCACUUCAACGAAAGCACUGGACUGGAACUGAUUCGCAACCUCUGCUGCGAUGACUACAAGACGGUCGAAAUGGAGCUCAAGAAUCAAUACUAUUGUCUGUCAUCGGCGGCGGCUUUACUCAAAUACAUCGAGACCUUUGAGCACACGAUAUACGCGCCGAAGUCGUUGCGAGUGGUGUUCGAGGGCUCCGACCAAACCAUGUCUAUCGAUCCGACGACAGCCAAACUCCUGGAACUGAUCGUCAACUUAAACGACCCGAAGAGCUCUCACACUCUGUUCGGUGUACUCAACAAAACCAAAACCCGUUCGGGUUAUCGACUGUUGCGGUCAAACCUAUUACAGCCGUCAACCGAUCGGACACUAAUCGAGACGCGAUUAGAUAUGAUCGAAGAGAUGGUCAGUUCGGAGACAAUGUUCCGCAAUCUGGAGUCACUGUUGUCUCAGUUCACGGCCAUCGAAGUCGAGCGGAUUAUCUCGAAUUUGGUGCAGACAUCGAAACUCGAAUCCUCGAAAUGCGCCGAAAGGAAGAUCGAGUCCGUGAUUGUCGUCAAACACAUGAUAACACUGAUUGAGCCGUUGGUUCAGACACUGAAUCUGUGCGAAAGCGCUGUCUUCGGCGACUUCCUCCAGAUCUUAGCCGACGAACGGUUCCAAACGAUUAUGAAUGACAUCAAUGAAGUGAUUCUGGAGACCAGUAAAUACACGAAAGGGGCGCUCAAUAUGCGGCUCGAGAAGUGUCACGCCAUCAAAAAAGGUCUCAACCAUCUGCUGGACAUCGCCCGACAGACGUACUCCGAAAAUGUCGAUGACAUCAGUUAUAUCGUCGAUCAGUAUUCCUCCGAGUAUUCGCUGCCACUGCGAGUCAUCUAUACGUCCGGUCGAGGCUUUCAUAUGCAGAUCGUCGGCAAAGAUGUCCACAAAAUGGAGUUUUCAUAUCCGAGACAUUUCUUGCGAAUCAAUGCCAGCAAAACGGCCAUCGCUUUCACCACUCGAGAGAUUGUCGAGAAGAAUAAUCGGAUCAAAUCAGCCGUCGAAGAGAUCUACUUAAUGAGUGACGCAAUUAUCAGUGAAUUGAUUGCUAGACUUCGCGCAAACAUCGGAUGUCUGUAUAAUGUGUCCGAAGUUUUGUCAAAAAUAGAUUUGGUGUUUGCGUUGGCCUUUCAGUGUUCGGUCGCUAACUAUGUUCGGCCGGUCUUUAGCGGCGAUUUGGCCGUAAAACAGGGCAGACAUCCCAUUCUGGAGAAGAUUCUCAGCACUAAACCCGUUGCCAAUGAUAUUCUUAUGUGUGAAGACAACAACUUUAUGGUAAUCACGGGACCAAAUAUGAGCGGAAAGUCAACAUUUCUUAAACAAGUGGCUAUACAUCAAGUGAUGGCACAAAUCGGUUCAUACAUUCCGGCGGAGUUCGCGUCCUUCAGAAUCUGCGACAAACUCUUCUCACGGAUCGGCAAUAAUGACGAGAUUGAGACCAAUUCCUCCACUUUUAUGGUUGAGAUGCGAGACGUGAGUCAUAUUCUGCACAAUUGUACUCAAAACUCGUUGAUAAUCAUCGAUGAGUUGGGCAGAGGAACCAGUGUUGAAGAGGGCGUCGGCUUCUGUUUCGCCAUUUGUGAACAAUUGCUUCAAACAAAAGCGUUGACACUCUUUGCCACACAUUUCACGGAAAUGACAAAACUCGAGGACUUCUACUACAAUGUCUCGAACUUUCAUUUCGGUGUCAAUCACUCCGUUAUCGAUGAGGUUAAUGCAAAUUCCUAUACGUUUACACACGUUCUGGAGGCCGGAGCCACUCAGGAAGUGCUAUACGGUCUCCAAUUGGCUAAUAUGACGGCAAUUGAUCCCAUUAUUCUACAUAACGCACAAGUUAUUGCACAACAAUUGCUUCAAACCUUUCACAAAUCAAUCGUAACGACACAAAUGGAUUCAGCGAAGAGAGCGAAAUAUAGGUUGACAUCAAUGCUGAAGUCAUUGUCAAGUAAUGGACAGAUACCAGAUGUGGAGUCACUCAACGAACUCCUCAUUAAAUACCAAACAGAAAUUCAAAGCGGAACACAAGAUGAUAGCCAAAUGGAAAAUGAUUUCAGUUUAAUAUAAUUCAAUAAUUAGUUCAUACAUUCGCCACAAAAUAUUUUCAUAUCAUUUAUAAAUCUAAAUAAUUAUCUAAAAAACAAAUCUACGGUUCAAUUGAUUCCGAUUUCUUCUCAUCGAUGUCUUCAUUGUUUUGGAUGUCGUGUAACAUUAACUAUAGG